ACUUUCUAGACAGGUUUACAGCUUUCAUAGGCGGAAUACCUGGAAUUCUUCACCAGUUAUUCAGAACUGAAGAAACCUCUUGGUUGAAACGUCUCCAAACUGAACUCAGUCAAGUUCAGCCACCUUCGGCUAACUAAUAAAGAUUCAGCUGGGUGUGGCUGCAGUUGUACUUAACAUUGGGUUUUUCAAUACUUCCUUAAAUUCACCUGAGAACCCAACAGUCCUCCAUCUCUGCAGAAAUGUCCAACCCCAAAGUCUUCUUCGACAUCACAGCUGACAAUGAACCCCUUGGCCGGGUCGUCAUGGAGCUCCGUGCCGAUGUGGUGCCCAAGACUGCGGAGAACUUCCGCGCCCUCUGCACUGGUGAGAAGGGCUUUGGCUACAAGGGCUGCACUUUUCACCUGAUCAUUCCAGGCUUUAUGUGCCAGGGCGGGGACUUCACCGACCACGAUGGAAGUGGCGGAAAGUCAAUCUACGGCGAAAGGUUUGACGAUGAGAACUUUGUCCUGAAGCACUCUAACCUUGUCUUGUCCAUGGCCAACACUGGACCAAAUACCAACGGAUCCCAGUUCUUCAUCUGCUCAAUGACGUCAUCGUGGCUUGACGGGAAACACGUGGUGUUCGGCUCCGUAGUAGAGGGAAUGGAAGUAAUGAAGAAGAUGGAUGGUUUCAGUUCACCCUCUGGUCAAACUAAAUCUAAAAUCACCAUCGCAGACUGUGGUCAGCUCUGAGAUCCUGCACUGUUCCUGCAACAUUUUCAACUGCUGCUGAAUUUGUGACUCCCUGCCUAAAAAUUCUCGAUUUGUUUUUUUAAAACCAAUAAGCAGUGUGUUUAGUGGGGGACAAAAAAAAGUACCAGUACUACCGUUAUCCAUGACGGUUUCUCCAGUGAUGUUAGUUGAAAGAUAUUCAUUGACUUCUUGCCACAUUUAUGUCAUGGAGGGAACAGCAGAAUAAAAGGACACCAAAUAAAAUAUGUGCUUGACGUGUCAGUCAUUGUUGGAAAUGUUAAAGAUAAUCUAAACCUACAGGUUGGCAAAAUUUAAACAAAAGUCCAGUUUUUUGUUGUUUU